GCCUUAUUUAAUUACAUACACACUUUUUAAGCACGAAGGGGGUUUUGGUAAGGGGAGGGCGAUUUUGGUAUGGGUGUGAAAAGAUGUGAGGCUUCGGAAGACAACAACAACAACAACAAUAACAAUGUCAGUGACAUUGUCAUUUCCACCAAUAUUUUUGUUAAAUAUUGUUAUUGCUAUUGUUGUUUUUUCAUAUUAUUGCUACUUGUCGACGCUGCCAGUAGCUCUGGUCAUCGCUGUUCUUGUUGUUACUACCAUAUUCAUCUGCUAUCGGCAUUUGCCGCCGCAGCUGUAACCGUCGCCGUUGACGCCAGCGUUUUAGCUUUCUGUAUUUAUUGUUGUUGUGCUUUUUGAUUUCGCUGUUGCUGUCGGGUUGGCUUCGCUUGUGCGAAUUUUCAUUACUGUGUAGUAUUUGUUUAAACGUUAAAGCGCACACAACGCCAAGAAACACUGAGCGGAUCAACAGGUGGUGUUAGUUGAAUAAAUCCUCCAGCAGCGGCGAAUUAAAUUUCGAUUUUAUUUUAUAUCAAUAAGACUUUACGUGAAGACGUGCGUGUGUUUUCUGCAAAGCCUACAAUAAGCUAAUAAUUGUCGCAAAGUAAAAGAAAAUCACUGCCGCAAGUUAACUGCUAACAAAAUAGUACCUCAUUCUAGCAAAUAACCAGCCAUGCCAGCAAAAUUUGAAUACUCACUGGGCGUAGAUGAGCUAAAGUCAAAGCAGCAUCGCCUUUGGCAGGCGCUUAUAGCCGAAUUUCUGGGUAAUUUCCUAUUGAAUUUCUUUGCGUGCGGAGCGUGUACCCAACCCGAGGAUGGUACGUUUAAGGCGUUCGCUUUCGGACUGGCGGUUUUCAUAGCGAUCACGGUUAUUGGCAAUAUAAGCGGUGGUCACGUAAAUCCUGCCGUCACAGUUGGUUUGCUGGUGGCGGGACGUGUAAGCGUUUUACGUGCCGUGUUCUAUAUCAUAUUCCAAUGUUUGGGUUCCAUAGCCGGCACGGCAGCCAUUCGUACCCUCAUCGAUGAGGUUUACUACAAUGGCUUGGGUCAUACACAUCUAUCCCCAAAUAUUACCGAGCUACAGGGUCUCGGUAUUGAAUUCUUUUUGGGUCUAGUCUUAGUGCUCACCGUAUUUGGUGCUUGUGAUGCUCAUAAACCAGACUCCCGCUACACUGCUCCACUCGCUAUUGGUCUCUCCGUAACACUCGGUCACUUGGGCACAAUUCGUUAUACCGGUGCCAGCAUGAAUCCAGCACGUACUUUGGGCACGGCCUUCGCUGUCGACAAUUGGGAUGCACACUGGGUGUACUGGGUUGGACCCAUUUUAGGUGGCAUCGCGGCAGCGCUCAUCUACACACAAGUGCUAGAAAAGCCACUUAUGCAGACCAGUGUUAAAGUGAUUGAGGUGUCCGAGAAAUAUCGGACACACGCUGAUGAGCGUGAGAUGAGAAAACUGGAUAGCGCACGUGAUUACGCUUAAAUACAAAUAUACACACAAACAACACAAAUAAAUGAAAUUAAUAGGUGUCAAAACAAAAGUAAUGAUUAAAUCGCGUUGAGCUGCGUUCCAAUAUUUAUAUUUAUAUAAAAAUGUAUGUCCACAAAAACCAAAAACUACAACAAAAAUGAAAGAAAAGCAAUAUGGAAAAUUCUACGAAAAAAAGUUGCAAAUAUUGCAUACAUACACACAAAUUUUUCAUUUUCGCCACAACCUGUUGCAUGCCACAUAUAUAUUCAACAUUUAGUUGUAAAUCAAAAAACAAGAAAAGUGAACAGCAAUAAAUUGCUACAGCUGCAACAACGAAUCAUCGCACAACGUUAAAAAUGACAGGUUACAACAACAAUAACCGGCAACAAAGUGGAACUUCAACAUAACAUAGUCCGGAACAAAGCAAUUGUAACACUGAAAAUAUAAGCAUAAUGCAGUAUUUACAUAUCUACAAUCUAUAUAGCAUAUGUAUAUGUAUUUAUCGAUAACUUUUUGUAUUGUCUACUUCCUCCGCUCUUGCAAUUGUACUCAAACAUUAAUGUAAUUAUUUAUGUAAAUGGCGACUUUCUGCUAGCUUUUAGCAAUUUCUACACUCAUAUACAUUUUUGUUGUAAUUUUAUUUAUGUCUUUAUAACUAAACUUCUCAGAUUUUUGUGUAUUUUAUUUUUAUAAGUAUGUAAAAGUUUAAAAGUUCGAAAACUUACAAUUUAUAUGAGUAAUACAUAAGUGCCUAUAUACAAAAGAGUAUUUUUGCAACAACAUAAAACUGCGAUUAUAUCGAUAUUCGAUUAUUUAACAACAACAAACUAACAAAAGAAAAUAUUAUAAUUAUGAUAAAGUACUAAUUAAGUCGAAGAAAGAGGUUUGUUGAAGUCAAAUAGCUUUCAAUAAAAAAUUAUAAAAAAA